AUGUUUAAAGUUCUGUUCUAUUUGUUUGUGUCGGUUUAUUUGGUUCAUGCCAAACAUGAAGAAUACCAAGGGUAUACUUUAUACGGGGUGACGGUAUACGAUUCGUCCCAAGCGGAUCAGCUGAUAGAAAUAGUAGAACGGUAUACAUUAGAUGUUUGGUCUUACGCCAACCUCGAAACCGAAGGUCUGAUCCUCGUAGCUCCUAACCUCAAGCAGGUGUUCGAAGAUGAAAUCUCCACUAUCGGUAUCACUUACAGGAUCGACACAGACAAUAUUAAAGAAAAACUGGACUUGGAAGAUGCUCUUAUGGCUGAAGCUGAAAUGAAAAGCAAUGCCAGUCGAUCUGACAGAUUCGGCUUAUCGUUUGACGUCAUCCAUCGUUGGUCAGUGGUUGACAGGUACCUCAUAGACGUAGCGAACAGAUUCCCAAGAGUCGCCCGCGUUGUCAACGCAGGAAGGAGUGUUGAAGGCAGAGAAAUCAGAUACCUGAGAAUAUCAUCAAACAACUUUGCCACCAGAACAAAGCCAGUUAUUGUGAUUCAGUGCAUGCUGCACGCCCGCGAGUGGGUCACACUUCCAGUGGCUCUGUGGGCCAUCCAAGAGUUGGUAAUUAACAACACCGACCCGGAUCUCAUCAGAGACAUCGACUGGAUCAUUCUUCCCAUCGCUAACCCCGAUGGCUACGAAUUUUCGCAUACUCGUACUCGUAUGUGGAGGAAGAAUCGCCGCACAGGCUUCACCCCAUCCUCUUGCAUCGGUGUCGACCUUAACAGGAACUUCGACUUCAUUUGGGGAACUGCUUCCAGCAACAACCCUUGCAGUGAUACCUUCCACGGUCCCAGAGCGUUCUCCGAACCCGAGUCUGUAGUCACAAGAAACAUCCUCAGUGAAUUCAGAACUAGAAUUGCCAUGUUCCUUGAUGUCCACAGUUUUGGAAGCCUGAUCCUUUUCGGUUUCGCUAACAGACAGGUGCCACCGCAUUCUGCAGUCUUGAACAGAGUGGGAGUCCAGAUGGCCCAAAGGAUAGAUGCUGUUAAAUGGCCACAAAACCGCAACUACAGAGUAGGUAACAGUGCCCAGAUACUUUAUCAAGCGUCCGGCGUCUGCGGUGAUUACGCCCAAGUUGCUAUCGGCAACAGGCUAUCCUACACUUAUGAACUGCCAGCUCAUCGGAACCUGAAUAAUAUAAACGGUUUCCUUGUCGACCCUGCAUUUAUUCGUCAAGCUGGUUUCGAGACUUGGGAAGGCAUUAAGGUUGCGGCGCGUACUAUUGUCCGCGAACGAUUGUAA